UUGACCCAUUAUUGCGAACCUCCAGGAUCUGUCAAAUAAGGGGUCAUUUUUUUACUUCAAUAUUACACAUUUUUUGGAAAAGCCCGAGUACGCUUCAAGACGGGUAGUUUUCAAUCUUGUGAAAAUAUCGCCGUCACCUGAGAAGCAAAUGUUGUUGGCAACGGCGGAUUGUAGGCCGGACAUGCCCAGCAAACCAUUAAGCACUGUUUUAGCAAACGCACCAAUACGAGAGUAUACGCGGCCCGAUUUUGCUCAUUUCAGCGGACCGAUUUUGCGAUUGUUGGAGGUUAUUCGACGGGUUAACUGCUAUCCGUUAUGUGACGCCAAAGUCGACAUGCUGGUUGAAGAUGCCAUACAGCAGCAACAGGGCCACGCAGUUUCGAGCGACCAGCAACCGGGUCAGGUUGCGGAUGCAGCUAGAACUUCUGUGCAGUGUCAGCCGGAAUCAUCCGAAAUUCAGCGGAACUUGCGCGAAAUAUGCCAGCUGCUGUGGAGUUCCACGAUCAAACAGGAGGUUUUCCGCCGCUGGUCCAAGACUUUGGCUUCAGUGAGUCGGAACCGUUUUCCCUGGUGCAGCGCAGCGAGAAGGAGGAUUGUAUGCGUCAUUGCCCCGGUUCAAACUUAUCUGCUAAAGAUGCUGCUCAUGGCCCCGGUCAGACAGUGAAGUUUUUUUUUCUAUUUGCUGCCUAUACUUUUCCAACCUGUACGGAGGGUAGAAAAAAAUUUAAAAAAAAAUAAAUUUUCGCUAAAUAAACAGUUUUUUCACUUACCUGCAUUGCUUACGUUGUUGUUACUCGAUGCUGGUCAAUUGCAAGUUCUGCACUGUUCAAAAUUAUGCUAAUUCCGACGACCCACUCGGCUGCGAAGAACAAACCCUGGGCCACCGAUUCCGAGGGCCUAAAUUUUCACCUCUUUCGACCCAGCACAGAAUACUUCCAAAAUGGCUCUAUAUAAUUUUCGACACAUUUCCGAUCCCCCCGCGAACAAAAUUCCGUCCGCACGUUCGAACGAAUCAAAAGAAAAGCCACAAUUGCUUAAUUAAUCAACAAAUUGUUUACCAAAAUUACAAAAUUUUAAUAAACAUCGUUUGUUGAACUUAGCCUUCAAUGGUAGAUUUUUUUCAGUGCAUGUUUGCUCUCGCCCCUUUCUAGUGAGCAAAUUUGGUGAUUUUGUCGGUCCCGACGGCAACGGCCCUAUUUUGCUCACCCACAUACUAACCCCCGGUGCGGUUUAAAAGUGAUCAAACGCGUGAGCAUUUUCACUAUACUCGCGAUUGCUGCG